AUUGAGUCAACCACAAUUUGUAUCGCCAAAAUAAAGUGGGGCCAUCAACUGCCUGUCCAGAAAGCUUAUGCACAGACCAAGGGGAGCCCUCACCGCCCGAAUCUUGCCCCACGGCACCGCCCGCCCCUCCACCGGCCAUUGAACCCCUCCAUUCAUCGAUGAAGACUUGUGAAGACAAGUAAGUUGAGUAGUCUGGGACCCGACGAAUCACUGUACAACGACCAAACUAGCAUCAAGUUUGAUAGGACAACAGUGCCAUCUCGUGACUGCCACGUUUGGCCAUUUUAUCUCUAUAUUGGGGGAUUCCCAAUCCCAUGAUUUGGCCUUGUGAAGCUCGUGUGGUAUUCGGCGCCGUUCGAUUCGUCAAAGACGAGCCGCCGUUAUGUCAUACAUCUGGCCCACAUCUGGCUUCAUCAGAGGUCCACGUUCACGGCCAACAGGUCGUUCAAUCCCGCGAGUCGCCUUUCAGGUCCAUGUCGACCGAGUUGUGUCUCUCAUGUUCAAACAUAUAUAAGUAUCAUCCCAGUCUCGCUGUUCAUUUCUUCCUGGUUUCCAAGAACGGUGCUUUGCUCGAGUCUAUUAUCUACACCUCGACGAAAAUCUCACUGAGCCUCCCUUUGACUGCCACCUUCUACAUCUUGUCUUGCGAUUCCAAUUCGUUUAAAUAAGAACCAACUCCACUACUCUCACCAGCAGCCGCCCUUGUUUAGAGGUUUGCCGAGCGUCAUCAACCAGGGGAUCCUCGGACUCUUUCCCAGAAGCGCAUAAUAAAUCCUCCAGGUUGCUUCCAGUCAACUUGCUUAUCCCGAGUGACUCAGACGACAGCUCACAGUUGGACUUGUAUACACCACCCCUUCCAUACCAGCCCGCCGUCCCAUCUAAUCUUCUUUGCGCCUUACCACCAAACAAUCCCCUCGUAAACACCACAACUUGCCCAUCAUGGAAUCAGGCGGCGCCAACAACAACAACAACAACAACAACAACAACGAAACCACCCCCAAGCGCACAAAAAUCUGCGUCUACUGCGGCGCCUCCCCAGGUUUCAACCCCAUCUACGUCGAAGCCGCCCGCUCACUCGCAAGAGAAAUGGCCAAAAACAACAUCCAACUAGUCUACGGAGGCGGCACAGUAGGCCUAAUGGGCGAAGUAGCCCGUACCCUCGUCUCCCUCUCCGGACCGGACUCGGUCCACGGCAUAAUCCCCGAAGCCCUCGUCCGCUACGAGCGCGACGCAAACUACUCCUCCACCAUCCCCGACCCGUCCAACCCUUCCUCCCGGCCCCAUACCUCCUCCACCUCCCUGACAGUCCCGGAAGAGACAGUCUUCGGCCGGACAACCAUCGUCCCCGACAUGCACACCCGAAAACGCCUCAUGGCCCAAGAGGUCCUCGACGGUGGCCCAGGCUCCGGUUUCGUCGCCCUGGCAGGCGGGUACGGUACCUUGGAGGAGCUGUUUGAGACCAUGACGUGGAACCAGCUGGGCAUUCACAACAAGGGGAUCGUCAUUCUCAACAUCAACGGUUUCUACGAUGGCAUUAGGCAGUGGAUCAACAAGAGCGUAGAAGAGGGGUUUAUCCACGGUGGGAACAAGAACAUCCUUGUCGAGGCCAAGACAGCAGAGGAGGCGAUCAGGGCGUUGGAAGAGUACAAGGUGUCAGACGCGGCGCUCAAGUUGAACUGGAGCUCGCAAUAGGGAAUGUGAUAGAUGGACGGAGAAACUAGAUGGAAUAGCCAGAAAACAAACACAUCAUCAAUCAAGACUCCUUUCGCUCAGGCGAAAUUAGUGGCCCAUCUCAGACUCUGAUGUAGCUUUUCAUGCUCAAAAGUGCUUUCUCUAUCUCUUCCAAAGCGCUGGGCCUGCAUAAUAAUCACAAAGCCCGACC